AUGUUCGCUACUGCUGCUGAUUGUACUAAUAGUUAUAUUGAACAAACAGUUUACGAUAGUGAAUGGACCGAACAUACUCCUACUGGAACAUCAUGGCUUAAUCUAUUAACAUCACAGCCAAUACCGGAAGAAACUGAUAGUUUUGAUGGUGCUUGUACUUCUAUGCGAAGUCGUAAUCAAACUGAUUGUUCAUCAUCAUCCAUAGAAAGUUGUUAUGUUAUUCUUGAAAUUCAACGACAACGUUCACUGGAUGAAAUACCAAGUAAGACUGAAGACACAGCAGAGGUUGCAAAAGAAGAAGCACACGAUGAUGAUGAUGAUGAUGAUGAUGAUGAUGAUGAUGAUGAUGAUGAUGAUGAGGAUGAGGAUGAUGAGGAUGAUGAUGAGGAGGACGAGGAGGAGGAGAAAGAGGAGGAGGAGGAGGAGGAGGAGGUGGUGGUGGAGGAGGUGGAGGUGGAGGUGGAUGAAGAAGAAACCGAAGAAUUAAAUUUUGCUCAAACGAUUACAGAUGAUAAUCAAAAGGUAGACUAUGACCAAAUUACCGUACCAAUGAUAAUAGAGAUACCUACAGCAGAACAUGCAGAAUGCAAACAUGCGCACUUUAAUCCUACUGAAGAAUAUGCUGAAACAACUGAAAUUACAAUACAAGAGACUCCAAAUGAUAUUCUUUUUCAUAAGGCUAGAGUAUUAAGUAAAUUUACUAAACGAAUAAAAGCAAUGUCUUAUGCAAAAAUGAGAGAACAAAAUUAUUCGGCAUCAUCCGAUGACGAAUCAUUAAAUAUUACAAAACUUAGAACAAUAACAAAAAUAAACGACUAUUAUCCAACUGCUGUUGCAACUGUUGCAGCUGAACCAAAUUCAUCUAUUCAACACUCAGAUUCAUUUUGUAAUUCGACAACAAGUAUUGAUUCAAUUGAAAAAAACACAUUACCAUCAUCACCAGUUCAAACACGAACAACGACAACAACAUUCUCUAAUCUAUCAUCACAACGUUCAACAAAUCUAAUUCAUAGUGAACGAUUAGGUCCGGCUGUGGGAACGACAACACUUACACGUACAUUUGCUUUUGAUCGAGCUUGUAUGGAAAAAUAUGGACGAGCUCAAGGACAAGAAAAUGAACCGAUUGAUAUCACACAAAUAACAAUUGCUGAACAUAUAGCUAAACGAGAGAAAGAACCAUCACAAAAACAAAUUCAACAAACUGAACAACUUUCAAAUAUAGAAAAUACACUUCAUUGUCGGUCAUUUAUUAAUCAUGUUCCAACAUCUAUCUAUGUCGAUAGUGAAACUAAUACAAUUGAUGAUUCCGACUUUGAACAUCAUUCAUUAAAACUUUCAUUACCACCCAUGUCAAAUAGUCUUACAAAAUCAUCAUCGAUCUUAGGUUUGAUGAAGAAAUAUGCUCGAGCCGUUAAAACUGAAUAUCGUUUUGCACAUAAGAAUAGCGAUAAUCCAUCGGCAGAACCAACAUUACUCGAAGUAAAAUAUUUGGAUGGUCGAAAUACAUUACAAGAUGCAGAUGCUCGAGAAUCAUUCCGAAAAUCUCAAAAAUUAUCUUCUUCAAUAGCUAGUCGAAUUAAUCGACUAGGUUUACAUAAUCGAGCUUCAACACAAGAUUUAGCAUCGACAACAUCAUCAUUUUAUGCUUCAUAUCGAACACGUAUGUUAAAUCGUUUUCGAUCUUUCGUAGAAAAUAAUAUAGCUGAGCCACCACUGCCAACAUCAUCAUUGCCAAAAUCACGAUCAUGGCAACAUAAAUCAAUUGCAGAGCUUUUUCAUGAAAAAAAAUAUACAGUUAAUCGUCAACGAUGA